AUGGAAGCCGAUAACCUGAAAGCAACCAAGGCUAAAGUAUGGGCCUACUUCGAAGGCAUACAGACAUUUCGGUCCAAGCCGCUCUGCAACGCUCUCUGCGAAAACAUGCACACGGCACCUCUCCGCUGCAUCGGCUGCGGCGCGGCCACAUACUGCUCCAGGCACUGCCAGCGCGCCGACUGGCCGCUGCACAAGAAGCUGUGCGCCUCGUACCGCCCGUUCCUGGCCACCGCCACCGACGACCAGCGCAGCGAGUUCAAGGCCGGCAUCCUGUUCCCCGCCGGCAAGGACACGAGCCCCCGCCUCGUCUGGAUCAGGUUCCGACCCCGCUUCGGCAGGGAGGAGGAGUGCGCCAGCCUCGUCAUGAGGGGCCUCACGCGCUCCGUCGCGCUCACCUUUGAGCUCGUGCCCGACGUCGCGCCGCUGCUCGGCAAGCCCGGGACCGGUGGUGGUGGCGCGCAGGUUGUCAUCGCCAGGAGCGGCGGCAGCGGCGGCAGCGGCGGGGCACUUUUCCACGCCGUGCCCAGGACGGAGCUGUGUCUUGCGCGCUGGGACGACGCCGGCGAUCUGCCGGCCAACGAGAGCAUUCUCGGUCUGCUGGCCGCGGGGAUGUCGCUGCGCAAGUACGAUGGCCACGGCGCGUCGUCAGGCCCCGCACCCGGUCUCGGGGAGGACGAGCAGCGCAGGACGGCUUACUUCCGCGGACCGGUGCUCAUGUACCGGCAGGCGGACUAUGGAGACCAGGGGGAGGAGGCGGCGGCGGCGGCCAAGAGCGGCAUCGGACUCACGACGGUGCGGUUCGCCGUUGGUCAGGAGGCCGAGGACGUGACGCCGAUCGACCUGCGGUGCGCGGUCGAGUCGAUGGCGGCCUGCCAGCGCACGAGGCCCGUCUUGGACUUUGUUCCCAUCCCCCAGACCGCGGAGGACGGGGCUCGGGGUGGGGGUCACGGUCACGAGAGGCGGGAGGACGAGCGGGGCGGUGGCGCGGAGCAGAGCGUCAACAAGAGGUUGAGGAUGAUGAAGAAGCGGAACAGUCACAAGCAUGAAAGGCUCAGGCGGCCCGAGGAGAGGAUAUGGACUGCUUGGCAGUCAAAGGCCAAGACGGCGGGCAAGACGGAGUGA